UCAUUGAAGACCAGCCCAAAGCUCGUAUGUUUCGAUUUUUCCAUUUUCGACCCCCUAUAGCCUAGAAACUUCAGCUCAUCCACUUUCUCCCCCUCUCCUUCUUGUCCAGUCCAGUCCAGGGAUUCCCCUAAACCCUAUCUUUUAAAUCUUCUUCCUCAUUCCACAUCCUUUCCCUUGCCUUCUUCUCCUGCCAAAUCCAGCCGCAUUUCUUUUCUUCUGUCUCUUCAAAUAAUACAUGGCUUCUUCAUUCUCAACUCCACCCUCCGCUUCCCUCUCUUCCGUCGUUAAAACUACCGCUACCUUGCCUUUCCUUUCGCUCUCCAAGGUCUCUUUUCGCUGCUUUUCGAGGCCAAACCUCCUAUUCUUCUCCAAGCUGCAGAGUUUGCAGACUGGUCAGAACGAUUCUGCAGUGGUGAAAGCCCAAUUGAAUGAGGUUGCUGUAGAUGGAUCAUCAAAUGAUUCUACUAUCCCUCCAGUCAAUUCAGGGUCAUCCACACCAGAACCACAGGAUGCUAAGCCAUCAAGUAAUGUCUUUCCUCCAGCUUUGGCCACAGAAGAAUCAAUCUCAGAGUUCCUUAAUCAAGUUUCAAGUCUAGUCAAGCUAGUUGAUUCGAGAGAUAUUGUAGAGUUGCAGCUUAAACAACUUGACUGUGAACUGAUAAUUCGCAAAAAUGUGGCCUUGCCCCAACCACCCUCUGCAGCUCCUGUUGUUAUGUCGCAGGCAUCCUCUCUACCACCAGUAGGGCCUCCAACCCAAACUGCCCCUGCCCCUGCCCCUACACCUUCUGGGCAAGCACCUGCUGUUGCAACUCCACCAUCUUUUCCAGCUCCCAAGUCAGCCAAAUCUUUGCUUCCACCUCUUAAAUGUCCAAUGGCUGGUACAUUCUACACAAGUCCGGGUCCUGGUGAACCACCAUUUGUGAAGGUUGGAGACAAAGUGCAAAAGGGUCAGGUGUUAUGCAUCAUUGAAGCAAUGAAGUUGAUGAAUGAAAUUGAAGCUGAUCAAUCAGGAACCAUAGUCGAGAUCCUUGUAGAAGAUGGCAAAGCUGUCAGCGUUGAUACGCCUCUGUUCGUGAUUGAACCUUGAAAUAAGACUGUCGAGUAGGAGAGUAAAAGGUAGGAAGGACAGGCAGGCAAGCAGGUUGAGUUGGUGGGAUUUUUCUUCCUGGUAAUGUAGUUUGGAUUCAUUAAAUGGGCAGUAUUAUAUACUCCUAGUCUUACAGCUAUAGUAAAUAGUCUUUUCACUAUAACUAAUAUCCUAGGUGUUUGGAUGCGUGAUGAUCUUGUUGGAGUAAUUAAAAUAUUGUUUAAGAAAAGUAAAUGAUUUUUAACUAUUUUUGCGGAAAA